AUGUCCGACCUUGUAGUAACCGAUAUCUCAUCAGUCCAAGGUCCUGGCUCCACGGAACAGAAUCCAACUCCAAGAAAUAGAUCUGGAAAGAUCUGCAGGGACCCCACCCCGUCGGUCGCCUUCAAUAAACCGCGUAAUACAUUUGUAGACCAAGCCCGUCGAUCUUACCCCAGUCUGCUCCUCGUCGAUUAUCCGCCUCACCGAUGGACAUACCGGAAAUUGGAGUUUCAACCUUCGAGGGCCGAAUUUGCACGUAUUGCCUUCGAGUUGCGCGCACGCAAGACUGCUCUUUGUGGAUUCUACGAGAGGGAGCGCAUGCCAGAUGCAAUCUCUAAAACCGUUCCUGUUUGCGCACAAGAGCAUGAUGAAAUCGAGAAGAGGUUGGAUAGUGGGCAGACGAUCUUAUUUCCCAAGACUGAAAUUACCCCCCGCCUGAUCUGGAUACUAACGCCCAAUACUACCAUAUUCCCCAAAUUCCGCGAGUCGGAUGACGAUGGCGAUGCUGAACGGCGGUUCUACCCUGUCCUAUGCAUAUUCGCAUCAAAGCAGGUCCUGGAAGAGAGAUGCGUCACGGGUUUUGCGUACAUCCAGGGAUUGGGGAAUGAUCAUGAGCUGUGGAGCAUGACAAUACUGUCUACACAAACAGCACACAAGUCCUCUCGCAUCAAAAUCGACCAAACCUCAAGCUCGCUUUCCUUGUUAGUAUGCUAUGAUGGCCGAUUUGAGGAGGUUGGGUUUACGAUCACUGCUUACUCUUCCUUUGCGAUUUUGUGA